CCGAGCUGAGCUGGGCCGGGCCGGGCGGCAGGGAGCAGCGAGCAGAGGGCAGCGUCAUGGCUUUCGCGCGGUGGUGGUACGCCACGCAUGGUGACAACAAGGCAAGUGGAGCUUCUUCCAAAUCAGGAGAGAAAGAAGCAGGUGUAGCAGAGAAGAAACCAGCAAGUGCUAGUGUUAGCGAACCCCUCAAAACACAGACAAUUGAAGCAUCUUCUGCUGUUAAGAAGCAGUCCCCUGCUGUGGAUGCCUCAAAACCCCAAACCAUGAAGCCAUCUGAAACAAAGCCUGCACCAACAACUGUAACAGAGUCUGGGAAAAACAUGCAGUCAACCAAGCCAACAGACUCUCAAAAUAAACAGCUGUCUGAAGAGAGGCAAAAGGACCCCAAUGGUGCAAAAAGCCAAACUUCCACUUCUCUGACGACAAAUAAUGGAGAAAAGGUAACUACAGCUCAAGCUGGCCAGCCUCCACAAGCAAUCUCCAUAGAGACAGCAAAGCCCAAGUCUGAGAAAAUGACCACAGAGGCUCCUGCAGCCAGUGCAGGUGCAGCUGGUGCAAGUGUAGUUCGUGUGGCUGAUAAGUCAAGCAGCAAGCCUGGAAUGGAUGAGUCAGCACUAGAUAGCCUAAUAGACACCCUGGGUGGACCUGAAGAAGAUGUGCCUACUAGUCCUGUUUACACUGGCCCAGAAGUUACGGAAGAUAUAUCUUCAAGAUACUUGGAAGAACUGGGUAAACGAGAAGGUAGUCUCCCUCCAGAGUAUGUUAAAUUGUUGAAGAGCAAAGGGGGUGGCAAAGAUGGAUUCCCACCAAAAGCAGAUGAACGAGAGGAAAAACCAAUGACGGACGAUGAGCUUGCAGAGGCCUUGUCAUCAGACUUUGCCUGUAGUACUGCUUCUGCUGAAGAAAAGACAAGACUGACAGAGAAACCAAGUAAGGAAGAAGAAAUUGUACAAGCACAAGCAGUAAGUUCAGUAAAGACCUCGGUUCCUCCUAAGGAGAAGAAAACAAAAUCAAAAGAGAAAAUUAAAGAUGAUGCAAUGGAAGUUCUUCUUGGUACUCUUGGUGGACCUGAACCUGAACCUGAAGAUCAUACCCCUGUUGUAGAGGUGGCAGAGGCUAAAGCUAAGGAGAAAAAGGUAAAAAAGGCUGGAGAACUUGAUGAUACAAUACCUCCAGAAUACAGGUUAACACCAAAGUUGGAUAAAGAUGGAAAACCAGUAUUGCCAAAGCCUGAAGAAAAACCUAAGCCUUUGAGUGAAUCUGAUCUUGUUGAUGAAUUUUCGAAAGACUUUGCGUGCCCUGCCCGGCCUGCAGUACAGUCCAAACCAUCACAUCCCAGCAGCGUGUCCAAAACGCCUUCAGAUCCUGUGGCUGCAAAAGCUACCGAGGAUGAAGCAGUCCCUUGCGCCACAGCUUGCACUCUGCAGUCUUCAGCUGCAACAGCUGUGUCUUCAGUUGGUCAAGUGGCAGAUGAAGCACUGGAAGCCUUAUCCAGUACCCUAGGAAAGAUGGAGUCUGAUCCAGAGGAAAAGAAGCCUGCUGUGGACAAAAUUAAGGAGAAAACCAAAGAGGAGCAACACAAAAAACUGGGUGAAGAUGAAGAAACAAUUCCUCCAGAGUACAGAUUAACAGAAGCAAAAGAUGAAGAAGGAAAACCACUCUUACCAAAACCAGAAGAAAAGUCCCAGCCUAUGAGUGAAAACGAUCUUUUAGAGGGUUUGUCAGAAGGAUUUUCCUAUUCUCCAUCUCCAUCUGCUCCACUACCUACACAAACUGUAAUAAAGAAAACCAAGAAGGUAAAAAAUUCUGCAGAUUCUUCCAACAUUGUCUCUGCUGCUACAGUUUCUUCAGUGCACUCAGCAGCUCCUCUAGCUUCUACCUCCGGAGAGAAAGAGAUGGAUGAAGCCUUGGAUCUCCUGUCUGAUUCCCUGGGGCAGAGGGAACCUGACCCUGAUGAGAACAAAUCGGUUGUGGACAAAGUAAAGGAAAAAGCUAAAUCUGAACACAGAGACAAACUUGGAGAAAGAGAUGAUACUAUCCCACCUGAUUAUCAAGAACUUCUGGAGUCAGGUGAGCAGGGUAAACCAAUAAAGCCAACAGCAAAGGGCAGUGUGAAACACAAAGAACCAGAGAAGCGAAUAGAUGACUCUGCAGCUAUCGACGCCCUAUCAGGUGACUUUGAUACUAGUGCAAGGGCUCCUGCCACACCACAGCACUCAAAGUGUAGGACAAAAGUGGAAAGGAAACCACUAAGCCAACCCCGAAGGCUAAAGGAAAACCCAAAGACCCUAAAACGGCAAAGGGACAGUCCUCCAGCAGCAAAUCUGAGAAGCAGAAAACAAGCUAAACGUUGACAUUAAAGCUAAUGUUAACGUUAUUGGGUAAGAUUUCUCCCUCUCUCUUCUCUUUAACUAUCACAAAGACAACUCAUGCUAGUGUUACUGAAGCCAAGUUUUGCUCACAGCAUUUUACUAAACCUAGACAUGGUUAGAGACACUGUUAGACACACACUUGCAGUGACUUUGAAGCUCAGUGUUCCUGGGCAGAAAAAGCCUUGCUUUUUCCUCACACCCUAUGUCCGUCCUUAUACAUAGGUGCGUUCCUUUAGGUUUCUGCAGCUGAGGAUUCCAAGGCAUGACAUUGUGCUUCCACCAUAAGAUCUUUUUAGACUACUGAAGAACAAGCACAUCUCAGCUGCUUGUUUUUAUCUUUAGGACAGUGACUAUUGUCAGUACUUCUGCACUCAGUUAAUUUCAGAAUAACAGGCAGAGCAGGUGCAAAAAUCCCCACAGAUAAACUAGCAGGUAGAGCAGGUUUCAGUGCUCUGCUCUCAGCUUUCCUGGCCCAAGUACAGCCUCCUUCUAUGAACACAUUCCACCUGAUGCCACUUACUUCUUUGUACUUAUCUUGAUCACACCUGUAAUGUAAGAGAAAGUAAUUGGAGUCUUUCAUCAUCACUGUUAGUUCAUGGGGGCAUUCACUUAACUACUCUUCAGUGUUGGAUACAUGUGCUUCAGGCUGGGCGGUUUCCUGGGGCAUGGAGGGGAGAGGCUGAAGCACAUCCUGGGCCUGAUCCAUCUACCUACCACCUGCCAGCCAGGAGUGUCCCAGGUCUAGCACCCUGAAGAACCUGAGGGGAGCCACUUUUCUUGGCCUGCAGAGGAGGUCCUGGCUCUCCUGGGAGGAGGAGUGACUCUGUGUGGCAAAAUCCUGUGUGGAGAUUUGGCAACCAACCUCAAAUGAGCAAGACAAAGAUGCAUC